AUGUCGCAUCUCGUACCGAAUUUUGCCGAAAGCAAUCAGUCCGAACAAAAUUCGUCUGCCUCACCACCUGAUCCGUCGUUUCCGUUAUCGUCGCGUGUCGAUCCUUUCCCAACGCCGUCGGUCGUUUCCGUUGAUAAUCCUCCCUCUACCGCCUGCCAAAGUGCGGAAAUAAACACCCAACUACAGCAGUCAAUCGUGAUCUUGUCAACAGCAGUGAUAAAAGUGAGAGAUGCAGAUAAUAAAUACGUUUUUGCCAGAGCAUUGCUCGAUAGUGGUUCUCAACCUAGCUUCAUUUCGGAGGCCCUCUGUCAGAAACUACGUUUGAAGCGGAAUAAACUCAAUUCACCAGUUAGUGGAAUUGGGCAAUCCAUCGUCAACGUUCGCUAUGGUGUUACCUUAGCCAUUGCGUCACGUUUUGAAACUUUCGCUACUCAGUUAGACUGUCUCGUACUGCCAAAGCUUACCGUCUCGCUACCCAGCCAUCACAUUGACACCUCUCGCUGGAAGAUUCCAAAACAUCUACCGCUUGCAGAUCCGCAGUUCAACAUUAGCCAAGGUGUUGAUAUCAUCAUUGGAGCUGCUCUGUUCUUCGACCUUCUUCAACACCAGCAAUUUUCCCUUGGUUCCGAGUUUCCGAAGCUACAGAAAACGGUCCUCGGAUACAUCGUUUGUGGCACAUUGAAGCAGCCAAAUGCAGAGCUUAGAGAACUGCAAACAUGCCACAUCUGCGUUGACGAUAGCCUCGAUACUCAACUUCAGAGGUUUUGGGAAGUCGAAAACUUCGAUAACGGUAAAGCUCUUACUCCUGACGAACAACACUGCGAAGACCAUUUCAAAACUACCGUUUCCCGUGACGAUACAGGUCGUUAUAUCGUUCGCCUUCCACUCAACGAAGAGAAGGUCUCGAUGCUUGGCGAUUCAUACACCGCUGCUCUUCGAAGAUUCCAGCAAAUGGAAAAGAGAUUCGCUAUCAACCAAGAUUUGCAUCAGAGCUAUUCAGCUUUCAUGGCAGAGUACGAGAGUUUGGGUCACAUGGAGUUGAUUCGCGUCGCGCCGCGUAGCCCACAGUUUUUUCUUCCUCACCAUGCCAUCCAGCGUCCAGAAAGUACGACCACCAAAACACGAGUGGUAUUUGACGGUUCCUGUCGUGGAGCAGCUGCUCUGUCGCUCAACGACGCUCUCUACGUCGGACCAACAGUUCAGCCAGCUCUUUUCUCCACUGUCGUUAGUUUUCGCCUGCCAUUGUAUGCCAUUACCGCCGAUGCAGAGAAAAUGUUCCGGCAGAUUUGGGUCCACCCUGAUGACCGAAAAUUCCAGCAAAUUCUUUGGCGCAGAAGCCCAACUGACCCAAUCAGCACCUACCAGUUGAAAACUGUUACUUACGGUCUUGCAAGUUCGCCAUUUCACGCUGCUCGUGUGCUUAACUAA